AUGGACGCUAGACCUCAGCGCAUCCGAGUCCACCCGGGUGGAAACGAAAACAUCAUCCCUUCGAAACAAGAUUCCAUACAUCAGCGACACAAAUCCACCGGCAACCUCCAGGCAAUGCCUCGUAAUGGCGCUCUCCAGGUCGCUGCGAAGCGCACCGCCUUCGGAGACGUCAGCAACACGGCCAAGAACCUCGCUGCUCUACCCAAUGACAAGCUCCCGGGCAAGGGCAAGGUGGUUGACAUCAACUACAACAAGGAGAAUCCCACUAACGGCAAGGAUGGAUUCACCCGCCCUGCUCAGCGAUCCACUGCUUUGGGCAACAAAGCUGCUGCUCCCCCUGUAGCGCAAUGGAAGCAACCCAAGCUUGACGUGCGCAAUGAUGCGCAGCCAAAACAGGUUGCGAAGCGGGCGUCUGUAGCCCAUUUGGACGCCAGACCCUCGAAGAGCAAGCACAUGGCACAAGACGCCACAGCAGAGUCAAGCAGACAGCCUCGACAGUACAAGUCCCAGCCUCAGCUUAAGAAUGAGCCUGCGAUGCACUUGCUGAGGCGCACCAAGAGCAAGCUGUCCACAACCUCAACACAGCCAGGAGCCACAACAGAAUCUUGGAAGCCAAUGGAUGAUGUGACCGAAGCUGCUUACGAGGAUGCUGUCGAACAUAUUGGCGAUGAACAAUACCACGGCCCAUACAACAGGCGCUCCUUGGAGGUCGCUGAAAAUGCCCGCCCCCUUGAGGUUGACUUCCAGGACGACAACGUCCCCGUCGACUCGGCCCUUGCUGCCCCCGUGCUGUCGGAGCCGGAGGAAUACUGGGACGAGGAAGAGGAGGAGGAGCUCUACGACGACCAGGGAUACACGACUGCCCACUCGUACAAAUCCCGGGGUGAUCUCACCACUGGCGGCGCUACCACAGUGUUGGCUCCCAAGGUUACUGACAAGGUGCAACAAGAGCUGGAGACGGCCCGGGCCAUUGUUGAGAGUACCCGUACACAAGAGGAGGUCGACGACGAGAUCUGGGAUGUCUGUAUGGUGGCAGAGUACGGCGACGACAUUUUUGAGUACAUGAGGGAGCUUGAGAUGAAGAUGCUGCCCGACCCUCACUACAUGGACCACCAAGCCGAGAUCCAGUGGUCCAUGCGCUCAGUCCUGAUGGACUGGCUGAUCCAAGUCCACCACCGAUUCAGUCUCUUGCCGGAGACUCUUUUCCUCACGGUCAACUACAUCGACCGCUUCCUAUCAUACAAGGUUGUCUCUAUUGGCAAGCUUCAACUAGUGGGCGCUACCGCUCUGCUUGUUGCCUCCAAAUACGAGGAGAUCAACUGUCCAUCUUUGCAGGAGAUUGUCUUCAUGGUUGACAACGGCUACAAAAUUGACGAGAUUCUCAAGGCCGAGCGUUUCAUGCUCAGCAUGCUGAGCUUCGAGCUUGGCUUCCCUGGUCCGAUGAGCUUUCUGCGAAGGGUUAGUAAGGCGGAUGACUAUGACCUCGAGACGCGCACGCUGGCAAAGUAUUUCCUCGAAGUCACCAUCAUGGAUGAGCGCUUCGUCGCCAGUCCUCCCAGCUUCCUCGCUGCCGCUGCGCACUGCUUGUCUCGACUGAUCUUGAAGAAGGGCGACUGGACCCCGGCACACGUUCACUACUCUGGAUACACUUGGGCCCAGCUUAAGAAUCUGGUCUCUAUGGUUUUGGAAUGCUGUUAUAACCCUCGCAAGCACCACCUUGCCGUCUUUGAAAAGUACUCUGACAAGAGAUACAAGCGUGCCGCUGAGUACGUUCAGGCGGAACUGGCCAAGGGCUUCACGCUGCCAUUCCGCUAUUCCGUCGGCCGCGCAUCGGCCUUCGACUUUGGCGACCUUGACAGCAACGCUGCCCAUGCAAAGGCUGUCGAGUUCUCGGGCUAG